AUGUCCUCACAGUCGCCCUCCCUCGACUCGAUCCUGCACACUCUCCAACAAUCUCUGAGCCACAACGACCCGUCUCAAGCGCAGUCACAGUUACAAAAGGCAAAACUUGCCCUACUCCAACAGAAUGCCUUGAUUCCCUCUCCUCAAACCCCUCCACAGACACUAGCAACUGCUCGUUCGAUAUUGGAGGCCGGCGCCCUUCUCUCCAUUCGAUCAAGAGACCCCGAGUCGUUCGUGAGGUAUUACUCACAGCUACAGCCCUUCUACGAUUUCCCCGGCCUGCAACAGACGCCUUCCAGGGAUCGAUCGAAACUCACGGGACUGUACCUGCUUCUGUUACUCAGCCAAGGUGACUAUGCGGGCUUCCACACCCUCUUGGAGUCCCUGAUUGUCGCGGAAGGGGCAAAUGGGUCUUCCAGCGUCGAGGCCGACCCAUACAUCAAAUACCCUAUGGAGGUGGAGAGGAGUCUUAUGGAAGGUAGCUACGACCAGGUCUGGCGAAAGACAAAUGGGCGAGACGUGCCAGGUGAAGAGUUUGGCUUGUUCUCCGACAUCCUCAUCAACACCAUCCGCGUCGAAAUCGCUUCCUGCGCCGCUCGCUCCUAUCCGUCCCUUCCCAUUGCCUCGGCGAAAAACCUCCUCUUCUUAGAGUCCGAAGGCGCGGUCAUGGAAUUUGCGCGGGAGCAGGGUUGGAGUUUGGAAGAAGGGAGGAUAUAUUUCCCAGGACUGGAGGCGGCGAAGAAGCUGGAGGACGGAGACGAGAAGGAGGUGAUCAGCCACAUGGUCGAGUAUGCCAGAGAACUGGAGAGCAUUGUUUGA